AUGAAAUUCACGUACCCGCUCCCAAAAAGAAAGCCAUUCCAGACAUGGAUUUCGUACCCAUUGCGAGCAUGCCUACUUGGGCAACCCACCUUCACUGUUCCACGCCUCCAUCCCGUCCAAAGCAAACUCUAUCCCAUUGCAUUUGGAACGGACGAGCCGAUCUUACUUUGUGCCCAGGCUGGUGCUGGAAAGACGAAUGUCGCUAUCCUCAACGAGCUCGGCAAACACCGCGACGAGGAGACAGGAAAAUUCGACCUUGAUGCCUUCAAAAUCGUUUACAUCGCCCCGAUGAAGGCGCUGACUAUAGCCUCCGCAAUGUCAGCCAUCAACACUUGUCCGACCAUCUGUCCGAAACGGUCGAAAACACGCUGA